AGAUUUAUUUCAAUAAUAGCUCCUUUUCUUAUAGUAGGUAAAUUUAAAUCAAAAUUUAUGGUAAAAGCUACACAUUUUAUUAAAAGCAAUAGAAUUAGAAGCCAAGUGAGAGUUUGAGCCAAGCAUUUCAUGCCAGCGAGGAUGUUCUAUUGACUCUGAUUGGUAGAUAUUGGGGAGCAUCCGAAUAUGGACCAAUGAAAACGAGCGGGACAUCUGAUUCCUUUUCUGACAGUCGCACACUUUCUGGCAGAGCCGGCACUCUUCCUUUCUCGCUGGACGCCGGUGGGGUUGGAGUGUCGUGCCGGUCGGGGCCCGCAAAAAACUCAAAAAACCAAUCAUGUCGAAAGGUUUCGAUCCCAAGUCCUUCGCCCAGGACUUCAUUGCUGGCGGUGUUGCCGCCGCAAUCUCCAAAACAGCCGUGGCCCCGAUUGAGCGAGUGAAGCUGCUGCUGCAGGUCCAGCACACUUCCAAGCAGAUUGCCGAGGCUCAGCGCUACAAGGGCAUGGUCGACUGCUUUGUGCGCAUUCCGCGCGAGCAGGGUUUCCUCAGCUUCUGGCGUGGUAACCUCGCCAACGUCAUCCGGUACUUCCCGACCCAGGCGCUCAACUUCGCCUUCAAGGACAAGUACAAGCAGAUCUUCCUGGGUGGCGUCGACAAGAAGCAGUUCUGGCGGUACUUCCUGGGUAACCUGGCGUCCGGUGGCGCCGCCGGAGCCACCUCGCUCUGCUUCGUGUACCCGCUCGACUACGCCCGUACCCGGCUGGCCGCUGAUGUCGGCACCGGCGGCAAGCGCGAGUUCACCGGCCUCGGCAACUGCCUGGUCAAGACCUUCAAGUCCGACGGCCUGAUCGGCCUUUACCGCGGCUUCGGAGUGUCCGUGCAGGGCAUCAUCAUCUACCGCGCCUCCUACUUCGGCUUCUUCGACACGGCCAAGGGCAUGCUGCCCGACCCCAAGAACACCCCGAUCAUCAUCUCGUGGGCCAUCGCCCAGACGGUGACCACCGGCGCCGGCAUCAUCUCGUAUCCGUUCGACACCGUACGGAGGCGCAUGAUGAUGCAGUCGGGCCGCAAGGGCGCCGACGUCAUGUACAAGAGCACCAUCGACUGCUGGCGCAAGAUCGCCGCGCAGGAGGGCGGCAAGGCCUUCUUCAAGGGCGCCUUCUCCAACAUCCUCCGUGGCACUGGUGGUGCCCUGGUCCUGGUUCUCUACGACGAGCUGAAGGUGCUCAUGUUCGGCUAAGCCGGCUAGCGCUCUAGUUGUGAAUGGAUAGGAACUGACUCGGUACGUUCCGCUCAUGGAGCCUGCUCCUCUCGGGGGCGCUGUCCAAUGUUAAACCGUGCGCCGGGCCGGCUGGCCCGCCGAGCUGGGCGCGUUCCACAGCCGUCACCCGGCGCGGCAGUUGGACGUCUCACCCCGACUGUUCUGAGAAUCGUGUACAUGAUGGAGAUAAUAUACACACGCGCAGCUGCUGGCUGCCUCACCGAAACUUUA